AUGGGAGCUGCCACUACAAUGCAACUUAGUGGGACAUUUGACGUUAAGCUAGGUAAAAGUUUCUUGGAUCGAGAUUCAACAUCUUAUAUGACAUCGAGGUUUGACUUUAUGCCCGCUUCUGUGGAUCGCUCACAACCUGGAUCAAUGAAAGUAAAUGAAAGCAAGGAAGUUAUUGUCAACUUACCAAAUAUUCCAAACACUGGAACCGAUGCAACAACUGUGUUUCGUGGAACUGCCCGCCCUGUUCAAAAGGAAUGCUUUUUAAUCUAUAAUAAAAAGACCCACGAAUUGACAUUGGAGCGGAUCGCACAUACCGUAUUGUUAAAGAAAACUCGAGAAGAACGGAAAUCUGAUGCUUCUUGUCCUCUUAACUCAGAGCUGACACAGUUUCACUCUUUACCUGGACGUUCAGAUCAAGACUCAAGAUCUGUUCGACCUUCUGCCACCAAAAGGAAGUCUAAUGAUCCUGAGAUAUCUGUACCUUCUAGUAAUGCAGUUCAACAGUCUUCACAGAAAAAGCCAACACACUCGAGAACACUCAGCAGUAGCAGUAGUAGUAGUGGUACCACUAGCAGCAGUAGUAGUAGCAGUGGUAGUAGUUGCGACAUGGAUGUCGAAUCAUCGGAGAGUAACGACGACAGUGCAUCAGACAGCGGUUCAAGUUCUUCCACUCUCAGCAGUUUAUCAAGUGGUAAGAAUAAGUCAAAAAGUAAGCCAUCUUCGAAUGUAAAAUCUGAUACGAAAACUGUUAAUGCCAACUUAGCAGCUCAUCGCAAAUUAAUUGAACAUGAUCUGAAGCUAAGUGAUUCUGACUCUGAUUGUAGUGCAUAG